AUGAACGUGAAAGAUGAAUUCGAUGUGGAUGCUGUCACCCGUGACGGGCUGGAGAACCUGGGCUACAAGCAGGAGAUGACCCGGUCUCGAGGACUAGUACAUAUAUUGUUCACAUAUGGUCUUUCAGCUCCUAUAGCGACUUCGCUCGUUGGAGGUGGUCCAGUGGUAAUGAUAUGGGGAUGGAUCUUGGUGGCGGUCCUCACACAAACCCUCGCUCUUUCAAUGGCCGAGAUAUGCUCCAAAUACCCCACAUCCGCAGGGACAUAUUACUGGUGUUAUCAACUUGCAUCCCCCCACACGAGGCUUCUUGCCUCCUGGAUCAAUGGCUGGCUGACAGUCGUUGGUGUGUGGACGGUUACUCUGAGUGUCACCUUUGGAACUGCUGAACUUAUUGUCGCUGGUGUCGGAAUAUAUCUCCCGGAAUGGAACGCAACAGCAUCGGAAACAUGCAAGCUUUCUUCCAUUUCAUGUUUCAUUCUAGAUAUGAUUUUCCUCGGGGUGACGGCUGUUGCCUGUGUAUUCUGCCUAUUCUUCAACAAGUACCUACCGACCAUCGACGUAAGUACUUACCUGUUUGUUGCUCUGAAAGUAUCACUUACCUUGAUAUGCUUGUCCACCAAGGCCGCGGCAGGGCGUCGUCCUGUCUCUUUCGUGCUCGGGAACUUCGAUCCAUCAUUUUCAGGAUGGACGCCUGGGUGGUCGUUUUUCAUCGGUCUAUUGCCGCUGAACCAUGUCCUAGCAUACACAUUCUCUAGUAUAGGCAUGAUUGCAAACAUGGCCGAAGAGGUUCAUAACCCUUCUGAAAUUCUUCCGAAGGCCAUGAUCUGGUCUAUACCCAUUGGCGCGUUAUCUGGUGUGGCAUUCCUUCUGUCAAUUCUUUUCACGCUUCCGGAUGUUGCUACAUUGCUUCAAGUUUCUUCCGGUCAACCAAUCGGUGUGAUGUUUACUUUGAUCAUGGGCUCCAGGGCCGGUGGUUUUGGGUUGGUAAUAUUCGGUAUCGGUAUGUUUUGUGCAAUCUCCGUAUCCUGCGCCGCUUCUCGGGCAACAUGGGCGUUCGCACCCCUCACUUCGACUGACGUCCCUGCCAAUGCACUCCUGCUCUCCACCUUCAUUCAGAUUGUCCUUGGACUUAUCUACCUCGUCUCCUCAGCUGCGUUCAAUGCCUUCGCAGGGGUCGCCGUCAUGUGUCUCGGGGCAUCCUACGCCAUGCCUGUCGCGAUCUCGCUCUUGAAUGCUCGACAAGACAUGCACGAUGCCCCAUUCAAUCUUGGCAGGUUCGGUACUGUGAUCAAUGCAGUUGCGGUGCUGUGGAUCAUGUUCGUCAUCGUGCUGUUCUCGAUGCCUGCUGUCAUCCCAGUCACGAAGAUUUCGAUGAAUUAUGCUUCAGUCGUAUUUGUGGGGUUUGGGAUGAUCAGUGCAGCGUGGUACAUGAUCAAUGGCCGAUUUUACUACAGAGGGCCUCCCACCCUGGAAGAACCAACAGGUUCCUCGGAAUCCUCAGCCUCUGAUCUGUCGGCCUCCCCACCUUCGAAGGAGAUCUGAAAAACUGAAGGUCUGCUAUGCCACAUUCUCGGACUUGUUUUCAGCAUUACCCACAACCUAUCGUGGAUUUUCUACUGUUAGCUAAGCUUUGAUUUGCAUGGAUUAUUCAAAUUCCUUCCAAGUGGUUGUAAGAGGCAUAUUAUAGAGGGUAUGAGAUUUAGUCUACAUCAUCCUCAUUACACUAGAUGCAUCACCUCAGCCAUCUGAUCAAUAUUAAUGUUGAUGAACUGCACCCAAGCUUUAACC